AGUAGGCGCUUCAGUCUGCUGAGGAAGGAGACGCGCUUGCCGAGGCCGCCUGGUACGCUGUGCCACGCCAUUCGGACGUCAUGGAGGACAGCCGGGAUCCCGCCAGCAACCAGAUGAGCCACUGGAAGGAGCAGCGGAACGGGCAGAAAGCUGAUGUCCUGACCACUGGGGCUGGUAACCCAAUAGGAGACAAACUGAACAUCAUGACAGCAGGGCCCCGUGGGCCCCUUCUCGUUCAGGAUGUGGUUUUCACUGAUGAAAUGGCUCACUUUGACCGAGAGAGAAUUCCCGAGAGAGUGGUGCAUGCUAAAGGAGCAGGAGCCUUUGGCUACUUUGAGGUCACGCAUGACAUUACCAAAUAUUCCAAGGCAAAGGUGUUUGAGAGUAUUGGAAAGAGAACUCCCAUUGCAGUUCGAUUCUCCACUGUCGCUGGAGAAUCGGGCUCAGCUGACACAGUUCGUGACCCUCGUGGGUUCGCAGUGAAAUUUUACACAGAGGAUGGUAACUGGGAUCUUGUUGGAAAUAAUACCCCCAUUUUCUUCAUCAGGGAUGCCAUAUUGUUCCCGUCCUUUAUCCACAGCCAAAAGAGAAAUCCUCAGACCCACCUGAAGGAUCCGGACAUGGUCUGGGACUUCUGGAGCUUACGUCCGGAGUCUCUGCACCAGGUUUCUUUCUUGUUCAGUGAUCGAGGGAUUCCAGAUGGACAUCGCCACAUGAAUGGAUAUGGAUCGCAUACUUUUAAGCUGGUUAAUGCAAAUAAAGAGGCAGUCUAUUGCAAAUUCCAUUAUAAGACUGACCAGGGCAUCAAAAACCUUUCCGUUGACGAUGCAGCAAGACUUUCCCAGGAAGAUCCUGAUUAUGGCAUCCGGGAUCUUUUCAAUGCCAUCGCCACAGGAAACUUCCCCUCCUGGACUUUGUACAUCCAGGUCAUGACGUUUAAUCAGGCAGAAGCUUGUCCAUUUAAUCCAUUUGAUGUCACCAAGGUUUGGUCUCACCGGGACUACCCUCUUAUUCCAGUUGGUAAACUGGUCUUAAACCGGAAUCCUGUUAAUUACUUUGCUGAGGUUGAACAGAUGGCUUUUGACCCAAGCAACAUGCCACCUGGCAUUGAGCCCAGCCCUGACAAAAUGCUUCAGGGCCGCCUUUUUGCCUAUCCUGACACUCACCGCCACCGCCUGGGACCCAAUUAUCUUCAGUUACCCGUGAACUGUCCCUUCCGUGCUCGAGUGGCCAACUACCAGCGUGACGGGCCCAUGUGCUUUCAGGACAAUCAGGGUGGUGCUCCGAAUUACUACCCCAACAGCUUCAGUGCUCCAGAGCAACAGUCCUCUGUCCUGGAGCACAACACCAGAUUUUCUGCAGACGUGCGGCGCUUCAACAGUGCCGACGACGACAACGUCUCUCAGGUGCGGAUAUUCUACGAGAAGGUGCUGAAUGAAGAGGAGAGGAAGCGCCUGUGUGAGAACAUUGCUGGCCACCUGAAAGACGCCCAGAUUUUCAUCCAGAAGAAAGCGGUCAAGAACUUUACUGAUGUCCACCCUGACUAUGGGAAACGCAUCCAGACCCUUUUGGACAAAUACAACAAGGAGAAGCCCAAGAAUGCGAUUCACACCUUUGUGCAGUCUGGGUCUCACCUGUCUGCAAGGGAGAAAGCUAAUCUGUGAAGCCAAAGGGCCCCAGUGCUGGCCGAGGAGCUCUGUGCCUGUGAAGCAAAGCUUAGUGUUCACACGUGUAACCCACUCAUCCCUGGAAAGAAGAUUCUCUGUGCUAGAUGUGCAAAUGCAAGCUAAUGCCUUUCAAGUGAUAAUCCAGGUUUCUAUAGCAAAUAAUGCAAUGACUUUUAAUGCUAUUUCCCUAGGGGAAAAUGAAGGUUAGGGCUUUAACAAUCAUUUAAAAAAACAUGUAUUUUUGACAGUUAGAUUAUUCAUUUAAAAUGACUAGGAGUAAAGUUAAAGUAUCAUUUUAUUUGAUAAGAAAAAAAUCUUGGUGAGAUUAGUAUGUUUAUAUAUCACCUUAUGGCCUAUUAUAUAAAAAUAGGGCCUUAAUUAUACAAGAAGAAAAGAUAAUGAUGAUCCACUCAGAAUUUUUAUUUUUCUAAGGUUCUUACAGGAAAAACACAUUUAAUGCAUCAGUGUCUUCAGGAAAUAACUUUAGCACCAUCAUGGCUUACUGUUUAUUUCUGUUUGUAAUUCAUCAGGUUCAGUUUUUUUUCACUUGGAAUUACAUUUACGCAAAUUCAGCAUUGAUUCUGCAACAGACUGAUUUGUAAUUACAUAUUACAUUUUUACAAUAAAGUAAUCUGUAUGUAAGAA